GCCUCCAGGAGCGUGUGCAACGUGCCCUACAUGUCCCAGGCGUACAUGAUCCGAGGGGAGACCCUGCGGGAGGAGCUGCCCCAGAGGGAGGUGUUCUCAGGCAGCGACACUGACCCGGACACGGCCUUCUGUAAGAGCCUGCGGGACAAAGGCUUCUUCCUCCACCUCAGCAAUCCGCAGGAAUUCGGCCGGCUCCUGGCCACCUCCUGGUACGACACAGACCACCUUCACCCUGACCUCUGGCAGAUCUUCGACAACCCCCUUGACUGGAAGGAACAGUACAUCCAUGAGAACUACAGCCAGGCCCUGGAAGGACAGGAGAUUGUGGAGCAGCCAUGCCCAGACGUGUACUGGUUCCCGCUGCUGUCAGACCAGAUGUGCGACGAGCUGGUGGAGGAAAUGGAGCAGUACGGCCAGUGGUCAGGAGGCCGGCACGAGGAUUCCAGGCUGGCUGGAGGCUACGAGAACGUGCCCACCGUGGACAUCCACAUGAAGCAAGUGGGCUACGAGGACCAGUGGCUGCAGCUGCUGCGGACGUACGUGGGGCCCAUGACCGAGAGCCUGUUCCCGGGCUACCACACCAAGGUGGGCCGCCCACCUGCCGCCCCUGCCUGCACAACCCGCCGCACCCAGUCCCGGGGAGGUGGCUGCCGCUUCCUGCGCUAUGACUGCGUGGUCUCCUCCCCGAGGAAGGGCUGGGGCCUCCUGCACCCUGGCCGCCUCACCCACUACCACGAGGGGCUGCCCACGACACGGGGCACUCGCUAUAUCAUGGUGUCCUUUGUCGACCCCUGA